CUGUUUGACGAUAUUUCUCGGAGAAAGCUGGGUUUUUGAAUUGCACAGAGCAUGCCCCCAAGGAAAACAGAAAAGAAGAUCAUCUAUGACAACAUCUUCUAGUCUCACUCCUCAUACGUCAGAUUCGAUAAAUCAAGCUGGGAGGGACGAUGCCUUGCAUGAUAACAAUGUAGACUUUGAGAAACCAACAAACAAGAAAGCCGAAAAGACAAAACGAAAGAGAAAAGAGAGUUCCUAUGAAGAUGUUGUGGUAUUCUUGAGGAAGAAAAUGGAAAUUCUUGAGGAAGUGCGUGUUCAAGGAAAAGAGAUAAUUCGUAUUGAGGAGGAAAAAAUGAAUAUGAAAAGGGAAAAGUUUCGCUUGGACCAGUUGGACCAUGAACGUAUACUUCGUAUUGAGGAGGAGAAAAUGAAUAUGGAAAGAGAAAAGCUUCGAUUGCAACGAUUGGAUCGGGAUGAGAGAAUAAUGAAGAUUGAUACAAGUGGAAUGUCGCAAAUACAACAAAAAUAUUGGGGUCAACGCCAAAUGGAUAUCCUUGAGAAGCUAGAGUCAAGCAACUAGUCACCAUUUUUUGUUGUUUGCAUGUUACUUUAUUUUGAUAGUAGCUUCUUCAGGCCUUCGAUCAUUGUUUAUUUUGCUACAUUUUCACCCCUAUAAAAUGAGUUUUUUGGAUUCUAAUGUGAUGAUGGCUAUGAAUGAACUCUAUAAGCUAAUCUGUAUGCUGUAGUAAUCUUUUGAAGGGAAGAUAAACCAAGUCUUCUAGCA